CCGAGCGGAGGCUCAGCCAGAGGAGUACGGAGUAAGUAGCUGAAGAAAGAGGAGCGAGGCAGGGGAGCUAGGCUGACGCGCGGAGAGCAUCGGACUCAGGCGGGCGGCGAGCACCUGGUCCGAGUGGACCCCUGCCCUCCGCAGCAUGCGCCCCGCCUGCUAAGUCGCCUCGGUCUCACCCUUACCUAGCGCAGCCGAUCCCGCCUGGAUGGAGUGCCCCCAGGGUUCCCAUUGGCUCCUGUGAGUGCUUGGGUGUCGAGAGCCUGUUUUUGGCGAAGGGAACCAACUUUUGAAGUUCGCCCAGGAGACUGCGUUCCAGCUCAGCUUCCCGGCAGCCGGACCCGGCAGAGGCGCGAUCGCGGCGCGAGUCACCAUGGGAAGCAAAGGUGCCUACCGGUACCACUGGCAGAGUCACAAUGUCAAGCACAGUGGCGUGGACGACAUGGUCCUGCUCUCCAAGAUCACAGAGAACGCCAUUGUGGAGAAUCUGAAGAAGCGAUACAUGGACGACUACAUUUUUACAUAUAUAGGAUCUGUAUUAAUCUCAGUCAACCCUUUCAAGCAGAUGCCAUAUUUUGGGGAGAAGGAAAUUGAAAUGUAUCAAGGAGCGGCACAGUAUGAAAACCCACCUCAUAUCUAUGCUCUUGCAGAUAAUAUGUACAGAAACAUGAUCAUUGACAGAGAGAACCAGUGUGUCAUCAUCAGUGGUGAAAGUGGUGCUGGAAAGACAGUGGCUGCCAAAUAUAUCAUGAGUUACGUCUCCAGAGUGUCUGGUGGAGGCCCCAAAGUCCAGCACGUCAAGGACAUUAUCCUGCAGUCCAACCCACUGCUGGAGGCCUUUGGGAAUGCCAAGACUGUCCGUAACAACAACUCCAGCCGAUUUGGAAAAUACUUUGAAAUCCAGUUCAGUCCAGGUGGGGAACCAGAUGGUGGAAAGAUCUCCAACUUCCUUCUGGAAAAAUCUAGGGUGGUGAUGAGGAACCCUGGAGAGCGAAGUUUUCACAUAUUUUACCAGCUCAUCGAGGGCGCCUCUGCAGAGCAGAAGCACAGCCUUGGCAUUACCAGCAUGGACUAUUAUUACUACCUUUGCCUGUCUGGGUCCUACAAGGUAGAUGACAUCGACGACAGACGGGAGUUUCAGGAAACUCUGCAUGCGAUGAAUGUCAUUGGGAUCUUCGCGGAGGAGCAGACGCUGGUGCUGCAGAUAGUGGCAGGAGUUCUCCACCUGGGAAAUAUCAGCUUCAAAGAAGUUGGCAAUUACGCAGCAGUGGAGAGUGAAGAGUUUUUGGCUUUUCCUGCCUAUCUCCUGGGGAUAAACCAGGACCGGUUGAAAGAAAAGCUAACGAGCCGGCAGAUGGAUAGCAAGUGGGGAGGCAAGUCGGAGUCCAUCCACGUGACCCUCAAUGUGGAGCAGGCCUGUUACACCAGGGACGCGCUCGCCAAGGCCCUGCAUUCCCGGGUCUUUGAUUUCUUAGUCGAUUCCAUCAACAAAGCAAUGGAGAAGGACCAUGAAGAAUACAACAUCGGCGUCCUGGACAUCUAUGGCUUUGAAAUAUUCCAGAAAAAUGGCUUUGAACAGUUUUGUAUCAAUUUUGUUAAUGAAAAAUUACAGCAGAUUUUUAUUGAACUGACAUUAAAGGCAGAACAGGAAGAAUAUGUUCAAGAGGGAAUAAGAUGGACACCCAUUGAGUACUUUAAUAACAAAAUCGUAUGUGACCUCAUAGAGAACAAAGUUAACCCUCCUGGGAUCAUGAGCAUCCUGGACGACGUGUGUGCCACGAUGCACGCGGUGGGUGAGGGGGCGGAUCAGACGCUGCUGCAGAAGCUCCAGAUGCAGAUCGGGAAUCAUGAGCACUUCAACAGCUGGAACCAAGGCUUCAUUAUUCACCAUUAUGCCGGGAAGGUAUCCUAUGACAUGGAUGGCUUUUGUGAAAGGAACCGUGAUGUGCUUUUCAUGGAUCUCAUCGAACUUAUGCAGAGCAGUGAGCUACCUUUUAUAAAAUCUUUAUUUCCGGAAAAUCUGCAAGCUGACAAGAAAGGGCGCCCAACUACUGCCGGAAGCAAAAUAAAGAAACAAGCCAAUGACCUUGUGAGCACGCUGAUGAAAUGUACACCUCACUACAUUCGCUGCAUAAAACCAAACGAAACCAAGAAGCCCCGAGACUGGGAGGAAAGCAGGGUAAAGCAUCAAGUAGAAUACCUGGGUCUGAAAGAAAACAUCCGAGUGAGAAGAGCUGGUUAUGCUUAUCGGCGCAUCUUCCAAAAAUUCCUACAGAGGUAUGCCAUUCUGACCAAAGCUACCUGGCCUUCAUGGAGAGGAGACGAGAAACAAGGUGUCCUCCACUUGCUGCAGUCUGUCAACAUGGACAGCGACCAGUUCCAGCUCGGGAGGAGCAAAGUGUUCAUCAAAGCCCCCGAGUCUCUAUUUCUUCUAGAAGAAAUGAGAGAGAGAAAGUAUGAUGGGUACGCUCGAGUGAUACAGAAAUCAUGGAGGAAAUUCGUGGCACGAAAGAAAUAUGUCCAAAUGAGGGAAGAAGCUUCGGACCUCCUGUUGAACAAGAAGGAGAGAAGGAGAAACAGCAUUAACAGGAACUUCAUUGGGGAUUACAUAGGGAUGGAAGAGCACCCGGAACUCCAGCAGUUUGUGGGCAAGAGGGAGAAGAUCGAUUUUGCAGACACGGUGAUCAAGUACGACAGGAGGUUCAAGGGUGUGAAGCGAGACUUGCUUCUUACUCCAAAGUGCUUGUACUUGAUUGGACGAGAAAAGGUCAAACAGGGCCCCGACAAAGGCCUUGUGAAGGAAGUGCUCAAGCGGAGAAUCGAGAUGGAGAGGAUCUUGUCCGUAUCCCUCAGUACUAUGCAAGAUGACAUUUUUAUUCUUCAUGAGCAAGAGUAUGACAGUUUGCUUGAAUCCGUCUUCAAAACUGAAUUCUUGAGCCUCUUAGCAAAGCGUUAUGAGGAAAAAACCCAGAAGCAACUACCUCUGAAAUUUAGCAAUACGCUUGAACUCAAGUUGAAAAAGGAGAACUGGGGUCCCUGGAGUGCAGGGGGCUCUCGGCAGGUGCAGUUCCACCAAGGCUUCGGGGACCUGGCCAUCCUCAAGCCCAGUAACAAAGUGCUGCAGGUCAGCAUCGGACCCGGGCUGCCUAAGAACUCCCGUCCUACCAGAAGGAACACCACUCAAAACAGAGGUUAUUCCAGUGGGACUCACAAUGCCAACUACCCAAUGAGAGCUGCCCCUCCCCCACCAGGAUACCAUCAGAAUGGAGUCAUCAAAAACCAGUUUGUGCCACAUCCCCACGCUCCUGGAAACCAGAGGUCAAAUCAGAAAAGCCUGUACACCUCCAUGGCCCGCCCGCCCUUGCCACGACAACAGUCCACUGGCUCAGACCGAGUGUCACAGACACCGGAGAGCUUGGAUUUCCUCAAGGUCCCAGACCAGGGUGCUGCAGGGGUCCGAAGACAAACGACCAGCCGGCCUCCCCCAGCAGGGGGCAGACCCAAGCCCCAGCCCAAGCCUAAGCCUCAGGUGCCACAGUGCAAGGCUCUGUAUGCCUACGAUGCUCAGGACACAGACGAACUCAGCUUCAAUGCCAAUGACAUUAUCGAUAUUAUCAAAGAAGAUCCUUCCGGCUGGUGGACGGGCCGACUACGAGGCAAGCAGGGCCUGUUCCCCAACAACUACGUGACCAAGAUUUGAGGUGCACAAAGACUCUGAAACACAGGGCGAAGGAACUCCAGGCUCGGACAGGGGAGGGGACAUUUGGAAGCUCUCCUUCUGAUCCAUAGCCAGCAAUUGCUUCUUCACGGCCUGGAGUUAUUCUGGCAUGUUCCCCAUGGAGGACAUUGAAAAGCUGGGUUGGGGAAAGAGAGUGUCACUCCAUAAAUGAUCCUAAAAGGUAGCCUCUUCGUAGGAACCCAGGAGGGCAAAACAACCAUCCACUAAGAUUUAUUUAUUCUAUUUAAACCUGGUGAGCGGACAGGUGAGGUCCACUCAGACCUUGUUGGCUCUAUCAAAACAGUACCCCGCUCGCUCACCAGGCCCAGGGAAAGGCUGGAGCCAGCCGCUGACAAGUGCCUUUACUUGAAGAGCACAUUUCUUUCAUCCCUCUUUUCCUUACCUGACACAUUCCUCUCUGCCACCUCCCUCAGGGAGGACCCGCUCUCUGCAGGCUGGGCUUGGCGUGAGUGGGCACUUCCUGUGCAAAUGCCAAGGUCCGGCAUGGCCUGCUGAGCCCACGGCUGCAGAAGGGCGCUGGUUUACACUUGCCGGGACCAUGAGGCUGCCGGGCUGAGCGGGGGCGGGGACUGGGGCUGGGGCUGGGGCUGGGGCUGGGCUGUCGGCCCUGCUUCCUCUGGGUCUUCAGUUGGAAUGUGGCUGGCCCAUGUUGGUUUUGUUUCAUGCUGUACCUAUUACUAGAAAGGCCUCUUUUUCUCAAGCUGUACAUUUAUAAAAACAGAUCAUAUACUGUAUAUAUAAAAAUCUUGAGAGGUAGAAACAUGUAUGAAUGUACUAAGUAGUAUUCCACUGUACUUAUUCGUAAGGUAGGUUUUAUUACAAAACUCGCACCAGGUACUUACAAAUGUGCACUACUCAUUUUCAACUAUAGAAUCAGUGUUACUGCUUUCUAGCUCAGUCCCCGCAAACCCUUCCCAACCCUUUCCCUACAGGUAAUUUUCCUCUGAUCCCCUCUAUGUCCCUCCCCCUACCUCCUAAAUAAAUAAAGGAAUCCCUGAACCACCUUGUUCUUUCUUGACAUUUGUUAUGGGUUGAAUUUUGUCACCCCACAAAAAGAUCUGUUGAACUCCUAACCCCCAGUACCUCUGAUUAUGGCUUUAUGUGGAAAUAGGGUCUUUACAGAGGUAAUCAAGUUCAAAUGAAGCCAUCAGGGUGUGCCCUAAUCCAGUAUAUCUGGUGUGCUGAUAAAAAAAGGAAAUCUGGGCACAGAUUGACUCGCAGAAGGGAAGACGACGUGGAGUCGCCAUGUACAAGCCACAGAGAGGGGUCUGGAAUAGAUUCUCCCUCAGCCUCAGAAGGAGCCAACCCUGCCGAGACCUGGAUCCCUCACUCCCAGCCUCCACAACUGUAAGACAAUCAAUUUCUGUUGUUAAACCA